AUGUCAUCUACAUUAGAUUUCUUAAAUCAAAACAACUUCACCUCUAAUUCUGUUGGAGAAGCAGGAGCAACAUCAAAAGAAUCAAAAAAAAAUAUAAAGAUAAAUAAUUUCAAUAAGGUUGAGGAGAUAAAGAAUGUAGAGAAUGUAGAUCAAGAGAAAACGAGUCCUAGGAAAGGAACGAGUAAGAAUAAUUCACCUAGAGAUGUAGCAAACAGCAGCACGAAUAGUAGUACUGAUAGUAGUCCGAGAAAAUCUCUUAAUUUUAUAUCGCCACCACACACUUCUCCUAAAUAUUGUUCCAAUUCUUCAUCUUCGACUACAGUAUCAUCGUUGGUGGUUGCUUCCGACCGGAAGUUUUGUGUGUGGGCGUCGCUGGAACCGCAAGCCAAAGGACAGAAGGAGUUGCAACUGAAUCAGAUAAAAUCAUCUUUUGGACGUUCAGUUGAAAUGGAUUUUAAAUUCCCAAACGAAAGACUACUCUCUGGAAAACACUGUACUAUUAUACUAAGAAAGCGAUCGAUUUACUUUGAAAUGCCAUCAGCAGCCAACUCACCACAAAACACUCCAACAACAAGCAACAACAGUCAGCAACAACAUCAAAGUCAUCAUCAUAGUGGUGCGAUGACUCUUCUUGUUCCCUAUCUCAUAGACUACAGCACCAAUGGAACCUAUGUAGAUAAAAUCAAAGUGGAACGAAAGAAGAAAGUUCUUCUAAACGAUGGAUCUGAGAUAUCGUUUGGACAGCCAAAUAACACAAGCGGUGAGAAGACAACGUUUACAUUUAGAAGUCUGUUGACAACGCUCUCCAACGAGAAGAAGGAGGAAAUCAUCAAUGUUCUCGAUCUUCAGAAUCGAACGCUCGGCAGCAGUACCAGUCUUUCCAGUGUUUCAUCGGCUAUCACUUGUUUCGACACGGACGAAAGUGACUGUGAGUCUGACACCUCCUCUGUAUCAAUGUCACCGAGUGAGAUGAGUAGUACCAGCAGUAGUAAUCUCAGCGGUGGAGGAGUUGGUGGUCGUGGUAGAUCGUCUUCAACCGUAAAGAAACCGGAGCAGUAUAUCCAUCUGCUGAAAAUUCAACCGACUCUCAAGAAUAUCCAACAGCUGUGUGAGGAGAUCAAAUUGGUAGCACUAAGUUCCAACCUAGAGCAAAGCGCCAUCAGUCCAAAUGCAUCGACACCAUCGACCACUUCACCGCCACCUAUCAUCAAACCAAACACUCUGCCAAACGAAUGGAUCGACCAAUUCAUACAAAUGGGUGGUAUUUCAUCGCUAAUGGAUAUCAUUUCUAAUGGAAUGAAAUCAUUAUUAUCUGAAACACCAUCAUCAUUUGGUGAUAUGUUUCUUAUUCUAUUGAAUCAACAUCAUUCUUCAUUUAUUAAAUCAUCAUUAUUUUCCAUUUGUACCAAUGUUUGUAAUUUUUCUGAACAAGGUCACAAAUAUGUAUUACAAGCAAUCGAAAAGAUUCAAAUUCUAAAGAGAGAUAAAAAUAGAUUUAAAUGGAUAUUGGAAUCUAUUAUAUUAGAAAAAGAAGUUCAAUAUAAGAUACAAUGUCUUAUUCUACUUAAUACUAUAAUUGUACGAGCUAAAACAGAUAAACUUAAAGAUAGUUUAAAGACAGAGUUUCUUAUGUUGAGAUUCCAACGACUCUUUGAAUUACUACAAACUGAAAAUUCAACAGAGUUACAGAAACAAAUAAAUCAAUUCUCUCAACAUUUCGAAAAGAAUGACAAUUGGUAUAGAACAAUUAAUUUUGGUGAUCCAAUUUCACUUUGUAUAGCAGUACAUAAUCAAUUGAAAGCAGAGAAGCAAGAUGAAAAUUUAACAUCACUUCUAAGAGAGAUAUUCUCUAUUUCAUUCAACGACCACUCACCCAAUGUACCUUCCACCAAUCUUCAACAAGUUGACCGAUCAACUAUCUUGAAUCUACUGGUGCAAUUCACUCAGUCUCUUGCUACUCUGCCUUCUUGUAACAAUGAUAGUACCAAGUUUAGUAAUGCCGUUGUCAAGCUACAAGAUUCAAUCAAAACACUUCAGGAUAUAACUAAUCCAAAGGGUUUGAGUUCUGUUGCUACACCAUCAUCAACUACAACGACAACAACAACAAUAGAGUCAUCUACCUCUACAACUAUUACUACUGCUUCUGAUAGUUUGGCUGCACCUAUUACUAGUGGCGAUGCACCUCCACCACCACCUCCACCACCGAUGCCAAGUGUUGGUUCUGCUCCACCACCUCCACCUCCACCUCCUCCUCCAGGCGUUGGUGCACCGCCACCUCCACCACCUCCGAUGGCUAAAAGUGCAAAGGGUUCUGCCAGUGUCAGUAAGGAUGUGAUUGCCAAGUCGAAUGAGAAGAUGCCAUCGGUUGCAAUGAAACAGUUGUUCUGGAACAAGAUACCGUCGUCAAAGAUAAAGAAAACCGUCUGGGAAAAGGAUGAUUGCAAGUCGAUCGAUUUGAACUAUAAGGUGUUGGAAGAGUUGUUCUGUGCAAAGAAACCUGGUGCUGCCAAUGAUACCACACCAAAGCUUUCGAGAGAACCAGAGAAGGUGUCACUUAUUGAUAUACGUCGAUCGAACAACAUUGGUAUUCUACUGUCAAAGUUCAAGAUUACACCGCUCUGGUUAACCGAUGCAAUGAUCUCGAUGGACGAGAAGAAACUCACCAAGGAAAUGGUAUUGGUUCUAAUUCAAUGUGUUCCGACAGCCGAGGAAGAAGAACAACUUAAAAGUUAUACUGGUGAUAAAGGUUUAUUAGCUCCUGUUGAAUUGUUUUUAAUAGAGACUCUUAAAGUACCAAAGCUAAGAGAAAGAUUAAAUUGUUUAAAGUUUAAACAACAAUAUGACUCUGUUAUUGAUGACAUCAUGAUUGCCGCCAAGUUUGUAGAGUCUUGUUGUAAUGCUUUUCUAAAGAAUCAUAACUUUAAGAUGCUACUUCAUUUGAUCUUGAAGAUUGGUAAUUACUUGAAUGCAGGUUCGGCAAGAGGUAAUGCUGAAGGUUUUAAAUUAGGUUGUUUGUUAACAUUAUCAAAUACAAAGUCAAUUGAUAAUAAGACAACAUUAUUACAUCAUAUAGCAAUGGUAGUUGCUGAUAGCUUCCCAAAUCUAAUGAUUACAAAUGAGACUGUUGCAUCUUUAGAACCUGCCAGUAGAGUACAGUGGCGAGAAAUGAUUUCACAGAUCACAGAGUUGAAGUCAGAGAUGACCGUUGUUCAAAAGGAAGUUGAAUCUCAAUCCAAAGCGAAUGGUACUGAUGCAUUCAUAAAUAAGAUGAAGAGUUUUGUAUCCACAAAGCAACAACAAUUAGAUGGUGUAUCAAUAUACAUUAAUCAAGUUGAAGAUGUUUUUAAGAAUUCAAUGAAAUAUUUCUUGGAGGAUUGUCAAACACCUGAGGAGUUCUUUAUCAUGUUGAAUAACUUUAUUGGUAUGUUUACCAAAGCUCAUAGAGACAAUGAGAGAGAGAAGGAGAAUCUCAAGUUGAAGAACAACAAGACCAAGACUGCUCAACCAAAGAAACAUCCAACUGUUUCCACAAACAAGACUGUUGUUGCCAACAACACACCGCCAGCCAAGGAAGAUUCUUCCGAGAACAUCAAUGCCAUUGCAACUUCUACUGCUAGGUCAGAUGAUGAAAAGAAGUCAACCGAUAAGAAUUCUCUAAAGAGAUUCAUUGGUAAACUUAAGAAGAAGAACAACAACAGUGGUGGUAAUAAUAGUGGUAGUGGAAAGAAGGAUCUUGAUUCUCUGACUGUUAACGAUAUAAAGGAUAUGUCGUUGGGCAAGAAGAUGAUGGCAACCGAACAUCCCGGUCAACCUAUAGAUGUAGACAAUAAGAAGGCUUCUACUCUUAGAAAUGUAAAGUUAAGGUCUGUCGCCAACAGUGUUGAUCCAAUCGAGAAGAGCAACAAGCACAAGACACUGCCAGUUUCGCUCAAAGCCAGAGAUAGGCUCAUGGUUGACAAUCAAUACUCAACUCUUUCGUCAAAGAAGAAAUACGAUUUGGCAACUACUUCCAAAUUGAAUAAGAAAGAAGGUCGUCCAACAAAGAGGCAGAGCGGUACCGCCAUUGAGCUGGAUCUCGAUAAUGUUGCAAUGCCAACUACUCUGCCAAUACUCAAUCAAUUGAAAUCUCCAAAGGUUGAGCCAAAGAGUACAACCACCACCAUUACCAACACCAGCACCAGCACCACUCCAUCGGCUGUGAAGAAACAAGAAAAGAAGGUUGCAAUGGCAUUCAAGAUGCGUCAACAAAACUCACAGUCUCCAAAGGAAGUCGAAAAGAUUGGUGUUUACAACAACGCUAGUAGAGACAGUUCUCGUAUCAGUCAACUGAAAGCCAGACUCUUUGACCCCAACAGUAUGCCAAGGAUAUCGCGUUCUCCAUCCACUACCAAACUCAACUACAAGGGAUUCCCAUUGAAGCAGCCCGGUAAGACAAGUAAUCUUACACUGAAACGUAUCGAAGCCAAGGAUCUAAGAUCGUCUAGCUCCAACACGCCACUUCAAAAGAAACCAACUACCAUUCUCCUCAAAUCAAAGAGCAAGGUAAGAAGAGUAAGAAUCAACAACGAAGUCAAGUGUAUUCCACCCAAGUACGAACAACACACUACCACUGUCAAGAGUCCAUUGAACAAGCCUGUUGUUCCUAGUAUAAACAACAUUGUUAAUAAUAAUAAUAAUAAUAAUAAGAGACACUCUACACCAAAUCUACAACCACAAUUAAAGUCAAUCACCAACAAUACUCUCAACUCAUCCAACAAUACCAAGAGAAAUUCAAUGUCAUUUGUCGAAGGUGUCGGUGGUAAGAAGAAUCCAUUGUGGAAUAAUCCAGAGUAUCCAAACGUCCAAAUGCAAAGUACAAGCUAUAAUAAGAAUAACAAUAACAUUACUAGUACUAGUACAAACAUUCCAUUGCAUCAACGUCAGAUUAAACCUACAUUCACAAUCGAUCAACUUCCAAAACCGGCAGCAACUGGUUCCAAUUCGAUGGCUCACGACAGCACGAGAUCGCCUCUACAAUCCUCUGUUUCCAAUCCAACGUUUGGUUCGAAAGAUCAGAAACAACCACAACAGAUGUUUGCAUUGAAGUCAGUGAAUAGAGCUAAUCAUCCAGCUUCCACUAGCACUUCAACCACUGCCAAGUCUACCACCUCUGAUUCUUCAAGCAACGGUUCAUCACCACACUCCAACGCCACCAGCGACUCUGUAGCCUCGCCAAACACCCUACAGAAAUCAUCGAAAGUCGGUAAUAAAGCCAAGAAGAUAUUCAAAGGCAUUGGAGAUCUCUUCCGUUCAAAGAAAUCAAAGAAGUCUGGCAUCGCUGGCAGUCCAAACAGUAUCGAAGGCAAUCACUUUGCAACCGUCGAGUCUGAAACUCAACCGAUUCAUGAUCAUCUGUCAACUUCGACAUCGUCUUCACCCUCAUCGUUCUACGAAGACAAGAAACCAAUAACUCCUUCGCAACUCGGUCUUACCAUCUCUGAUAUACCAAUGACCAUUGCAGUUCCAACCAACAUUUCCCAUUAA